GCGGGGCCCAGGGGCGGCUAUGGCGGCGGCGGGCCGGCUGCCGGGCGCCUGGGCGCUGUGGGCGCCGCUGCUCGGGGGGCUCGCGCUGCUGGGAGUCGGGCCGGCCCCGGCUCGGGCGCUGCACAACGUCACGGCCGAACUCUUCGGGGCCGAGGCCUGGGGCACCCUGGCGGCCUUCGGAGACCUCAACUCCGACAAGCAGACGGACCUCUUCGUGCUGCGGGAAAGAAAUGAUUUAAUCGUCUUUUUGGCAGACCAGAAUGCACCCUAUUUUAAACCCAAAGUGAAGGUGUCCUUGAAGAACCACAGCGCCUUGGUGACGGGCGUCGUGCCCGGGGACUAUGACGGGGACUCCCAGAUGGACGUCCUCCUGACGUACCUGCCCAAAAAUCAUGCCAGCAGCGAACUAGGAGCUGUUAUCUUCUGGGGACAGAACCAAACCUUGGACCCCAACAACAUGACCGUACUCGAUAGGACUUUUCAAGAUGAACCUCUAAUUAUGGACUUCAAUGGUGAUUUAAUCCCCGACGUGUUUGGUGUCACGAACGGAUCCGGCGGCCAGCCCCAGGUUCUGCUGGGAGGGAAUUUAUCGUGGCACCCCGCACUGACCACUAGAAGGAAGAUGCGCAUCCCCCAUUCCAAUGCGUUUAUCGAUCUGACUGAAGACUUCACGGCAGAUUUAUUCCUCACGACGUUGUCUGCCUCGGGCACCUCCCAGUUUGAGAUAUGGAAAAACGUGGACGGGAACUUCUCCUUCGGCUCUGAGCUGCGGACGCCGCAGGCCCUGGUGGUGGUCGGGCAGUCGGCCUUCGCGGACUUCGAUGGAGACGGACACACGGACCACCUGCUCCCGGGCUGCGAGGACAGCAGCUGCCAGAGAAGCGCCAUCUACCUAGCGAGGUCCGGGACAGCGCAGUGGGUCCCGGUGCUGCAGGACUUCGGCCACAAGGGCGCGCUCUGGGGCUUCGUGCCGCCGGGGCAGGAGCCGCUCCCGACGGAGAUCCCCGUCCCCAUCACCCUGCACGUCGGCGACUACAACAUGGACGGCUACCCAGACGCCCUGGCCGUGCUGAAGAACACGUCCGGGAGCAACCAGCAGGCCUUCCUGCUGGAGAACGUGCCUUGCACCAACGCGAGCUGCGAGGGCGCGCGCCGCAUGUUCAAGGUCUACUGGGAGCUGGCGGACCUGAGUCAAGUCCGAGACGCCGUGGUCGCCACCUUCUUUGACAUUUACGAAGACGGGAUCCUGGACAUCCUGGUGCUCAGCAGGGGCUACACAAGGAACGAUCUCACCAUCCACGCGCUGAAAAACAACUUCGAGGCCGAUGCUUACUUUGUUAAAGUCAUUGUUCUCAGCGGCCUCUGCUCCAACGACUGCCCGCGGAAGAUAACGCCCUUCGGCGUGAACCAGCCGGGACCCUACAUCAUGUACACGACCGUGGACGCCAACGGGCACCUGAAGAACGGGUCAGCGGGACAGCUCAGCCAGUCGGCGCACCUGGCCCUGCAGCUGCCCUACAGCGUGCUCGGCCUGGGCCGCAGCGCCAACUUCCUGGACCACCUGUACGUGGGCAUCCCCCGGCCCUCGGGGGAGAAGGCCGUGCGGAGACAGGAGUGGACGGCCAUCAUCCCGAACUCGCAGCUCAUCGUCAUUCCCUUCCCUCACAGCGCCCCCCGCAGCUGGAGCGCCAAGCUGUACCUCACGCCCAGCAACAUCGUGCUCCUGACGGCCAUCGCGCUGGUCGGCGUCUGCGUCUUCAUCCUGGCCAUCAUCGGCGCCCUGCACUGGCAGGAGAAGAAGGCGGACGACCGGGAGAAGCGGCAGGAGGCCCACCGCUUCCACUUCGACGCCAUGUGAGCCGCCCUUCGCGCCGCCGGGGGCCGGCCUCCGCGCGAUCCGCCGGAGCGCUGCUGGCGGCUUAGAGAAGAAAGGGGAUUUCGAACAUUAUUUCUAACCGACGCUGCUUUUGGUGAUUCCUGGAGAGCACGCGCAUUGAGGCGGCGGGAGCGCGCCGCGGGCCUCCUCGGAGCGGAGCGCGCUGCGGAGGAGGGGCGGGGCUCCGCCGGGGCCGCUCCACGUGUCCGCUCCUCGUGGGGCGGGUCGCAUGCUCUCGGGUGUUUGUGUCUCUGCACGCUUGUCACGGCGAUGGUGGCGGGAAAGACUGUGAAUAAAGGCAUUUCAGAGAGCGGGGC